AUGGCAGAUAUUCCACACAUCUCAAGCUGGAUCAACGGCCAAUACACGCCACCAACCCCAACCACCAUCCCAGUCCUCAACCCCGCAACCGAAUCUCCCCUCGCAACCAUCAAUGCAACAGACACCGACACAACUAAUGCCAUCAUCACUUCCUCCUGGACCAACUUCCACUCAGGAAUAUGGUCCCAAAAAGACCCCAGCGACAGAUUCACCAUCCUGUCCAAAGCCGCCUCCCUCCUCCGCGCCAACCUUCAUGAAUUCAUCCCCCUCGAAACCGCCCAAACAGGCCGGCCCAUCCGCGAGAUGCGCACCCAACUCGCCCGCAUCCCCGAAUGGCUCGACUACUUCGCCUCUCUCGCACGCGUCCACGAAGGCCGCGUAACACCCUUCAAGGGUGCCGUCACAAACACCCUCACCCGCGUCCCGCUCGGCGUUGUCGCCCUCAUAACACCAUACAACCACCCCCUCCUAAUCGCGAUGAAGAAAAUAGCCGCCGCGCUCGCAGCAGGAAACACAGUCAUCGUGAAACCUUCUGAACUCGCGCCGCUCUCAGUCCUGAAACUCGGCCCGCUAUUCAAAGAGGCUGGACUCCCAGAUGGCACAUUGCAGAUUGUAUCCGGGUAUGGCGCGGAGACGGGCAAAUGCCUCUGCGAGAGCCCGCAAAUCUCGAAGAUUGAUCUUACUGGCGGGAUUGGGACUUAUAGGGCUAUUGCGCCUAUUGCGGCCGUGAAUAUGGUCCCUGUUACUGCGGAGCUGGGUGGGAAAGCACCCGUGUGUCUGUUUCCGAGUGUGGACAUCGAGGUCGCGGUGAAAGCUGCCCUGUUCGCUGGGUUUAUAGCCAGCGGGCAGACUUGUGUAACUGGGAGUCGGUUGCUGGUCCAUGCGGAUAUUUACGAGCCGUUUAAGGCAUUACUCCAGAGGAGAGUGAAGGCAUUAAGGGUCGGCGAUCCGACGGACGAAAAGACGCAGAUUGGAUCCGUUAUCUCUGCCGCUGCGGUUGAACGCUGUACGUCGUUUGUCUCGAGGGCCACAGCGGAGGGAGGGAAGAUUCUCUGCGGCGGGAACACUACGACGAUAAACCCCGAAGGAAAGGGUUUCUUCUUCGAGCCUACAGUCAUUGAAACAAGCGCCACCUCUGACCUAGCAAGGAAUGAGGUCUUCGGACCUGUCCUCGCGCUGAUAAGGUGUGAGUCCGAAGACGAGAUCAUCCAGAUUGCAAACGGUACAUCAUACGCGCUGGGUGCGUCCGUAUGGACGAACGACUUCACGCAGGCCCAUCGGGUUGCCGGUAGGAUUGAGGCGGGUAUUGUCUGGAUCAAUGGGCAUCAUUUGAAUGACCCGUCGUCGCCUUGGGGAGGGUUUAAAGAGAGUGGCAUCGGGAAGGAGAAUGGAGCUGAGGCUUAUGAGGCCUAUACGAAGGUUAAGAGUACGGUGAUGAAUUAUGGGGUUGCACCGGUUUGGUUUGAUGAUGAGGUUGAGAACGCGAGGUAUGGUUGA